AAAGUAACAUAAUUAUGGUGUUAUUUGCACCAAACAAUAGCGCACUACAUAGCAUGCGUACAUAUUUGUUCGAUUUCCGCGCCCGAAAUAACGAUCGCGUUAUUUAUUUAUUAUAAACAUAUGUAUUUCGUCAGCACGUACAUGUUGCCACGUGCGCAGCAUGUCUAAGGGGAGACGUGUAUUGAAUUUUCCCAACACAGUGGAGUGCUGACUCGAUUAUCUUUCUAAAUUGCAGACGGCUGUUAUACAGUGUAUGUGUGUAUGUGUUGCCGUAUGUAGUCGUAUGGACUUGUAGUAUGCUCAUUAAUAGACAUUAAUAUGCUCAUUGAACGAUAUUAGUAUGUAGUGUUCCACGUAGUUAUGAACAAUUACGAUGCAGGGAGGCAGACUUUUAUGAUGGAAUAAUUCGCGUCGUUCAUUUUCAUGGUGGGAUAGGCUUAAAAGAUGGAGUUGGACGGACGAGAGGAGUGGUAUGAAAACGACCUGCACCUGGCUGCGGAACUGGGCAAGGCGCUGCUGGAGCGGAACAGGGACUUGGAGGGGCAGCUGUUCCAGGCGCAGCAGAUCAUCGAGGAACAGCAACUCGAGAUCGACCAUCACAACAACCAACUAGAGAGCUUGCGAGAGGCGACGGAGUCCCGGAACCGGAUCUAUGAGGAGAUCGACAAGUCCAUACAGGAGCUCGAGAAACACAACCAGAAACUCGCCAUCGACAGCAAGGCCGAUAAGCAGAAAAUUGACAGACUGACAACCACUAUUCAGACGCUCGAAGAGAAAAAUGACGAGCUGUCGCAUCGAGUUGACGAGCUCAAGGUUGCAGAGAGGGAGCGGAAGAAGAUGCAGACGCAACAGAACAAGGACACGCGGCGCGCGCGCUCCCUGGCAAACCUGCCUGACCAGCGCGAGAACAAGGACCUUUACUACGAGAGAAUUGGCAAUUGGUCGUACACGGAGAGCUUUAAAAGCUCCAACCUGCCGAUGAACCCGUACGAGACGGAGAUCCGGAACCAGCAGGAGAUUAUCAAGAGGCUUAAGUCUCAGACCCUGCUUGACAAGCGGAAAAGAGAGGACCUAGAAACGGAAACAGCGCUGCUGUGGGAGGAAAAUGCCUCGCUGGAGGUAAGAAUCAAAAUGCUCGAGGAGGAUUUGUUUAAGUACAAGAAACUCCAAGAUGAUAUUCAGAAAAUCAAACAGGAAUCGGGUCAGUACUGUAUGCAUUGUGGUAAGACAUUAGAUAUGCUAAAAAAGACUGGUAUAAUUCACACGGAUGUUGAAACAGACUAUCCGACAUUCAAUAGCGAGGGUAAAAUCGUGAAACUCGAAAGCGGAGGUUCCGUCUAUGGUAGCCGCGAAUCACUAGACAAAGUCGCUAUGGAAACGAAAGAAACCAUGACGUCAAUAGAUAGCCCCGAAAAUCCUGAUGACAUGGGGAUAUCUAUUUUAAAUGAGCUGGAACUUCAGUACCAAGCAUUAUUCAAGAAAUAUGAAAUCCUACUUCAAAAGGGAAAACGUCCGAGUAGUUUAUUACUCGAGGACGAUGACGAAGCAGAAAAGGAAUUGGAAAAGAGACUUUCACAUAAAGCUGUACAGACGACAAUCAAGUUAACAAAGCCAGGCGAUGAGUUGGAAAAUCCACCGUAUAAGAUGAUAUUUAAGGACAUAUUUUCUACAUUGCGAAAAUCUCGAAUUGAAGAGUCCGGGGAAGUGUGUGUGACGUCACCAGAGGCGUCACGUGGUCGUGCUCAGCAAAGUUCAAGUCCUGUACCGGAUGCGCGGUAAUCUCGGACCGACGUUUGAUGUAACGCUGAGUUUUGCUAAGAUAUUUUCGUUUUGUUAUCGUGAUAUUUGUUGUAUACAGUGCAAUGUUCCCAAGUAUUUAUUGACCCCUACCGGUGUAACCGGAGGGGACUUAUGGUUUGCGCUCCGUGUGUCAGUCUGUCCGUCACACUUUUCUGGAUCCUGCGAUAACUUGAAAAUAUCUUCAUAUUUUUUCAUGAAACUUGACUUAUGGACAGAUGGCAAUAUGGAGAUUAUGCACGUCAAUUCAUUUUGUUCCUAAGUCAAAAAUUGAGGUUGCUAUGGCAACAAAUUAAAAAAAAAUUACUGACAAGGGUGGAGUUUCACCGGUAGGGGACAAUAUUGCUUGGCAAUCUCUUGUUUUAUAUUGUGUUAACAAUAAAUUGAAAACAAUAAGAAAUGUCUAGCUUACAUCGUUAUGUGCAUUUGGAUUUACAGCCGUCACUAAUAAAGGUACCAUUAACAAAAUGCGACCACAAAUAAACUCACUUUCAGUGUCCCCAUGUAAUGAGAUGCUUAAGAUUAAGAAGAUAAAAGCAAACUUGACAACAUGACGCCUGUAUUCGAGUUAAAUUUAAAGCCAAAACCAUUUCACAACUGAAAAAAAUCCAAUCAUUAUUUGAUCUGGUCUUUGUCAAUUUCCCUUGCUUUCAAUGGAGCUGUAUACACGUGCUCUGUGUCAUUGAGUGGUGAAUUCGUCAUUCACGUUUUGUCGCUUUACGGCUACAAGAUUUGAACUGUCCGUGGGUUGGGAAGAAUGCGGACUGAAAGUGAUUGCCCAAAACCAGCCUACAGCGCGUUAUAUACAUAAAAAUAUCAGUAAGCAUUAUUUAUUUAUUGAAGAUGUUUAUGUCCCCCACCACUAUAGUGGUGGACAUAUUGUUUUUGCCCUGUCUGUUGGUUGGUUGGUUUGUUGGUUUGUUUGCCCCAACAUUAACAUUUUACCAUAACUUUUGCAAUAUUGAAGAUAGCAACUUCAUAUUUGGCAUGCACGUGUAUCUCAUGGAGCUUCACAUUUUGAGUGGUGAAAGGUCAAGGUCAUCCUUCAAGGUCAAAGGUCAAAUAUAUAGCUUCAAAGCGGCGCAGAAAGGGAUAUAGUGUUUGUGACAAACACAUAUCUUGUUGUAUAUUGUACGCGUGGUCUGAAUUAUUCUUGGAAAAGUUUGGAUGUUUUAUAAACGAUGAAAUCCCAUUA